CCGGAUGUUGUUGAGGCUGAAUUCAGUCUGCUAAACUGUGCUGUUUGUAAAAUACAUGUUUGAUUCUUUGAAGCGUUCAUAAAAACUGACCAAAACGGCCGUUGGUCUGAGUAAAACCUCCUGUUGAUGCAGCUAGAACAAUGACCGAAGUAUUCAAAUCUGAUUGAUGUGAUGUGACAAUCAACAAAUCUGAAGAUAUUUGCAGAGAAGUCAAUCAAAGCAUGGCAGACCCAGCCCGUAUGAAAACUGAAUUGGUGUUUAGCGAGACAAGCACGCCUGCUGAGAGGCCCAAACAGAGCAAGGGCUCCAGUGAUGGUCCAGUUAGCACCAGUAGCACCUCUGAACCCACUGCAGUCCUGACCAGUAUAAAAGAGGAAGGCAAAGUGAGAUCUGCUGAAGAUACUGCUGCUGGUGAUGAAGAGGAAGAGGUGUCUUCCUCUGUACACCCACCUCCUGCUAAAAAACUAAAAGUGGAACAUGAGAAGAAAAAGGAGAAACGACAAAAAGUUGACGAAGAUGAAAUACAAAAGAUGCAAGUUUUAGUGUCAUCAUUCUCUGAAGAACAGCUGAACCGCUAUGAGAUGUACAGACGAUCUGCUUUCCCAAAGGCAGCCAUUAAAAGAGUAAGACCAAGUCCACGGCAGUCUCAUAAGAAAGGUGUCCCCGUAGCGACGAUUUUCCUGCACCAUGAAAACCUUAUUCAGUCCAUCACGGGAUCAUCCGUCUCUCAGAAUGUGAUCAUCGCCAUGUCAGGGAUCUCAAAGGUGUUUGCAGGAGAGAUUGUUGAGGAAGCUCUUGAUGUGUGUGAGAAGUGGGGAGACACACCACCUCUGCAGCCUAAACACAUGAGAGAAGCUGUGAGGAGACUGAAGAGCCGAGAGCAAAUCCCCAACACUAAACACAAGCACAUCCUCUUCCACUGAACAUGAACCUCUCUCUCUUCCAUUUGGAAAAGACUCUGUUGAUCAGCAAAUUUUGGGGGAAUCCAUCUGCCCCAUUUGGACUUCUCAUUUUGCCUACAGUCUCUCCUCUGGAGCAAGCAGUAGACUUAAAAUGAUUGGACUGACUCCAAUGAUUAUUUAAAUGUUUUGUAAUGUUUGAUUUUCUUGAAACCUGUGCCAAGUCAUGUUUUGCCAAUGCAAAUGAAAUCUUUUGACUAUA